AUGGCCGGCCCCGCGGCCUCACGGGAGCUCGCGCGGCGCCGCGGCGGCGCUCCACGCACCUGCCCCUGCGCCGUUCUCCGCGGGGGGGCCGCGGGGCAGCGCAGGGACUCUCCUUCGGCGACCGCUCCCUGCGGGAGGUCGAGGCCCUCCCGGUCAACACGGCGCGUCCCUUUGGUGGGCUACGCGGGCCGGGGCUCCGUCGGGGCCAGCCCGGAACGAGUGUGGGCCCGUCGUGUUUCCCGGAGGAUCUCCCGGGCGACCCCUUCCGCCCCCGGGGUCUGGAAUACCCGAGGCCCUUCCGAGGCGAACCGCAAGAAAGGCACUUCCGGUGCCUGUUGCCAGGGCGCGGGCCGGAGGGCUGUGGCGUUGCUGCUAGAUGCUAUUCAUGCAAUAUUAGUGUACAGUCAAAGUGCAGAAGAACUUUUGAGGCGUAGAAAAGUCCACCGAGAUGUCAUAUUUAAGUACUUGGCGGCACAGGGGGUUGUUAUACCUCCAGCUACUGAAAAGCACAAUCUUAUUCAGUAUGCAAAGGAUUUUUGGCAAAAGCAAUCACAGCUGAAAUGGAAGGAAACACCAGAGCCAGUGACAAAGACAGAGGACAUCCGUUUCUUUCAACAGCCAGUGAAAGAAGACAAAAAAACUGAAACAGUUGAUUUUCGCCGCCUGGGAGAAGAGUUCUGCCACUGGUUCUUUGGACUUCUGAAUUCCCAGAACCCUCUUCUGGGACCACCGCAAGAUGAAUGGGGGCCCCAGCACUUCUGGCAUGAUGUCAAGCUUAGGUUUUAUUACAACACAUCAGAACAAAAUGUGAUAGACUACCAUGGAGCAGAGAUCGUAAGCCUGCGUUUGCUGUCUCUAAUAAAAGAAGAAUUUCUUUUUCUCAGCCCCAACUUAGAUUCCCGUGGGCUGAAAUGUGCUUCUUCUCCUCAUGGUCUGGUUAUGGUUGGAGUUGCUGGGACUGUCCAUCGAGGGAACACUUGUUUGGGCAUUUUUGAACAAAUUUUUGGACUCAUCCGCUGCCCUUUCGUGGAGAAUACUUGGAAGAUCAAAUUUAUCAACCUGAGAAUUGUUGGAGAGAAUUCCCUUGCUCCUGGAGCAUUACUGAAACCAGCUAUUACAUUUGAACAGAGUGACUUAGAGGCCUUUUAUAAUGUUAUCACUUUAUGCGGUACCAACGAAGUACGACUUAACAUAAAGGAGGUGUUGGAGAGUGGAACUGGAGACCAAGGCUUACGUAGUGGGAGUGAAGCCAUGCUGAACAAAAGAGAGCUGAGCUUAUCUAACCCUCUCAGGCACUGAGCACUGUAUGUCUUCGACACAGAAACUUUUCUAAAUACUAUAUCAGUAAUAUCUAAGUGAUUUCAGAUGUGAGGAGUGACAUAUUGUUGAAAUAUCUUUCUGGAUUACAGACUGGCAUAUGAAUACUUACCUAUUUCUACCUGAGUUGCAGCAAAUCUGAGAGCUUAAUACAAAUAAAUCCCACUUUAGAUGUUAUAGCUAACUGUGUGCCUUAGAAACCAGGUAAUAUUUUCAUUUUACUUAGUGAAUAUUCUGCUAAUAUCAUGUGGGAAAGGAUUAAUAGUGUUCAAGGCUUCCUAUCUUUAAGUUUCUCAUUUACUCUUGUCCAAAUCUGGAUAAUUGAGUAUUUUUUAAAAUGCAUCUCAUUAUAGUAUUAUUUAAAAAAAAAAAAAAAUUUAGAGAUGUUUAAUGUAAAAUCAAAGUUCUCAUUUUAGAAAAUUUGGAUGACAUUUUUAUUGCAAAAGUCCAGUAAUUUGCCAGGUAAAGUAAAACUUACUGUCACUUUAAAUAUUUGAAAAACAUUUUUCAGAGUUAUGUGUUGUAGUCCAAGCUAAAUAUCUUUUAAAAUCUACAGCACUUUCCAAACUAUUUUGGGCAGUGAUAAAUGCUGUACUUAAAACAGUCAUAAAUCUUACCUAGGCUUCAGUGAACAGUUUUACAGAGCAUUUAUUGUAAUACCAUAUAAAGAAAAUAUGCUGUUGAAGUUGAUGUUUUUUAUAGGGUGCCCAGUUCCUAACUUUUAAGUUAAUUACUGUUCUUCCUCUUGAUCUUGACAGAAGUGACAAAACAAACCUCAGAAAUUUAUAAUGUGAGUAUACAUGUAUACCUGUGUGCAUAUGUGUAUCUCACAUCAUAAUUUAAAAAUUUUCACCUUUAAUUUGUAUUACUAGGUUUGAGUUACAAGAUUUGAGUUGCCAGAUUAUUGACGUACUUGCUUUAAAAGUUCAAGUUCCUCAUCAUCCAGUGGCUAUUUGCUGAUCCUAGAUUUAGUUAGUGAUUUUAAUUUAUAAAAGUACCAUUUGGAAAAAAAUUCAACUGUAAAAUGUGACGAUAUAUUGUACCUAUUACUUUUUACACUUAUCUCUGCUCAUAAUCAUCUAGGGAAAUCAGUAUGGAUUUUGAAAACGGGGAAAAACUCCUAUGCCUCUUAUGAGUAGUACAAACUAAUAUGUCCUAAAAUAAGAACUUAAUAAAGGAGGGAAAUCCCUUUGCUGUAAAAAAUAAUGUAUUGUUUAGAUUUAAUUUACAGUUGUGUUCCUCUUAAAGUUUUAGGCAUUUAACCAAAACAAAGCAAACUACACCAUCUGUGUAAUAUAAUUAGGUAUAAAGAAGCAGCAGUUUGCAAAAUAAUGACGUAUUUUUAUAUGGUGCACAAUUCAAUAAGGUCACAAGUCCAUCUUUACCCAUCUGAUAGCCCUGCUUGGGUUUUUAAAGCCAAGUUACCUUUUUUCGUUAAGCUUAAGUAGUAUUAUAAAGUGUAAUAGAUAAACAUCCUAAGUAAAAGAUAAAAUUAAGAACCAUUCCUAUCUCGUUGCGCUAUUGGUGUCAAAAUCUGCAGAAAUAUUACUGCAGAUGCUCAGAAAGGGUAGGGAUUGCCUCUAGCUAUCUUCAGUGUU